GUUUGUCUGACACUGCAGAUACAGUUUGAAGAAAAUAAAUAUUACAAAAUGGCAAAGAAUGAAAAAGUGUGGAUCGUGGACUAUUUACACAUGAGACACUUCCAUUGUUUUAGAAGCUUAGACAUAACCUUCCAAAGAAGCUAAGGCGGAGGUUGAAUUUUGAGAGACACAUUUCAAACUGUUUUGAAGAACAGAGAAACUGACAAAAACGAGAAGAAGAUAAUAACGCUUGUGAUUGAAUACAAUUUCGGUAGAUGAUUUUCUGAAGAUGGGACAACACCUGAGUGAUGAAUCUAGUAAAGUAGAAAUUGAUGUGGCUGAACUGCAGGAAUGGUACAAGAAGUUUGUUGUGGAAUGCCCAAGCGGAACCCUUUUCAUGCAUGAAUUUAAGAGAUUUUUUGGAGUUACAGAUAACCAGGAAGCAGCUGAUUAUGUUGAACACAUGUUUAGAGCCUUCGAUAAAAAUGGGGACAACACUAUAGAUUUCCUGGAAUACGUCGCUGCUCUUAACCUUGUCUUAAGGGGAAAACUAGAACAUAAAUUAAAAUGGACGUUUAAAGUCUAUGAUCGGGAUGGAAAUGGCUGUAUAGACAAGACAGAACUUCUGGAAAUUGUGGAGUCCAUUUACAAUCUUAAGAAAGUGUGUCGUCAAGGUCAGGAUGAUCGAUCUCCCUUACUAUCCCCAGAGGAAGUAGUAGACAGAAUAUUUCAACUGGUGGAUGAGAAUGGAGAUGGCCAGUUAUCCCUAGAUGAAUUUAUUGAUGGCGCUCGCAAAGACACAUGGGUGAUGAAGAUGCUUCAGAUGGAUGUGAGCCCUGGAAGCUGGAUUAAUGAGCAAAGAAGAAAGAGUGCUUUGUUUUAAUGCAGGUUGACCUGAAAUUUGUCUACUUUCAGAAGAUGUGCAACAAAGGUGUC